GGAGGAACGAGGAGUCUCUUUCUUACGAAGGGCACUUGAUAACAAGGCCAAACCGAAGAAACGGAAAAUAAGAAAGCAUGGAAAUCAACGAUCACGCCUACACGAGCACCACUUAUGAUAAAGUCAGCCCCGUGGUGUUCACUUAUAAAAUGAGUACGAAAGAAGUCGAAGACCUCGUGAAGCUGAGGGUUUCUAAUAAAUACCUCUUCUCUGGAAAGAGAAAUACUUCCAUGUGGGCAUGGAGAGCCAUCCUGAAACAUAUGGGCUUGCACCACAAGAUGACGCACAGUCAGGCAUCCAAAAAAUGGGAAAACCUGAAGAAGAGAUACAAGGGGCUGAAGUACCCGUCAGAUGGAAUGAAAGGGAUCCCUGACGCGUGGCCUUAUUUCAACCUGAUGGACGAUGCCAUGGAGGGUCGGCUGGAAGGCAACGCCCCCAUCAUCAAGGCCUUCCCCACCAACGGCGAAUUCCCUUCCAUCCCCAAACCCAAGAAGAGGAAAAUAUCCGUGGUGGUGAACUCUCUUGCGGCUCCGUUUGGAAACGAGCCGGAGAUCGAGGUUUCCCUGAACGGAGAUGAGGACGAGGAGGCGCUGGAGGAGGGCAGCCAGGAGAUAGAUUGCGCCAUGCUCGAGAUGGAGCACGGGAGGGACACGAUGGACGGCGGAGGGCGGGUGAUGGAGAGGGAGAAACGGAGGGAGCGGCAGGUGCUGCAGAGGGAGAGAGCGGCGCUGGACAGGGAGGUCGCCGCUCUGGACCGAGACCGAGCCUCGCUGGAGAGAGAGAGGGCGACGAUGGAGAGAGAAAAGGCGGUGAUGGAGAGGGAGAGGGUGCUGGUGGAGAAGGACAGAGAUGGCGUGAGGAGGGACCGGCUGGCUCUGGAGCGGGAGAAAGCCCGGCUGGACAGACUCUCUGCAACCAAAGAAAGGACCGAAGAGAUCCUGGAGGACAGCAGCGAGGCGAACGACUCGGUUCUCGUGGACAGGAAGGAGCAUUUCCUCAACUUGUUUGAAAAACUUAUCGAAAACUUUUGAUUCCCUCGGGGUGUUUCGGCACACGACGUUCCCUGAGGAAACACAUCUCCACCUUGGCUGCAUCGAUUCAAAAUGCACAUACUUCACCCACAAGGCGUCAAUGAACACUUGGUUUGGAGAGGUCUUCACAACAACUUUAUUCACUUGUGGUUAUUCCAUACAGAGCACACAAUAGCAAGCUAUUCGCAUUAUUCUUAACCCCAUCCACAAUCAAAGUCAACCCCCCCCCCCCACUCCCAAAUCAAACAAUAGUCUUUAUUUGAUCGACUCCAGACAGAGUCUUUGGUGUCGGCUAUUGUGCACGGUUAAAACAUCACUUUUUUGAAAUGUAAUAUACCAAAUAUUGCAGUUCAUGUAAAAAAUCUUUUUUCAGAAUAUAUAUUUUUUUAUAUUACAGUACAGACUUUACAACAAAUGAUUGUGUUUAAAUGCGUCUUUUAUUGCAUUAGAUAAUCAAUUUACCUUCCAUUAAGCUCCAGCUUCAAUAACGUUAUGCUAGUAUACAUUUCCAAAAGUGUGAAGAUUCGUCAAUAACAUUAAUAUUAUUAUUUUUUACAAACAUUUAAACAAUAUUACUGGUUGUAAUUUUUUUUCUUUCUUGCCAGUCAUGAACAGACACUAAACAGAUGCAUACAUGCCAUUUGAGGAUGUAUAUAAUAAAUGGAUUUCUCCGAAUGCCACCCAUUGUUUUCUCUUCAUCAAGUUGCAGAACAGUUUGGCUUUUGAGAAAGUUCUUAUGUGUGUGUGUGCGUGCGUGCGUGCGUGCGUUUUGAUAGGGGAGGGAACGUGAGAGUGACGGUUUUAGUGUGUAUCAACAACAAAGAAGAAGUAGAGCAGUGUAUCACCAGAAUCUGAAUCUGCGUGUGUGUUUGUGGAUGUUUAUGGAAUAUACAUUUUUUUUUACUGAUCCGUAUAGUAUAAGUGUGUCAAUAUGUACAAGGAUGUGUGCAUGUGGUUGUAUUGGUGGGAGUCAGUGAUGCCUG